AUGAGAAGAGCGCACCAGAGUGCGUGCGACCUAGUGGAGGGAGUAAAUUUCCAAAUGAACGAAGAGGAUUACAUAGAAAACGCUCCUAAAGUGUCCCAGACCGCACCUGCCUCGACGUAUCCGUGUGACAUGUGCGGCUUUCAACUGACCAACGCCAACGGCUUCAAGGAGCAUUGCCGGCACGAGCACCACGUCCAAGAGAAACCCUUCGAGUGUGACAUUUGCAAAAAACGCUUCUUCAGACGCUACAACUUGGAGCAGCACAUCAAGAAGCUGCACCUGGACAAGCAAGGAUCGCGUGCACUGUGCCAGGUGUGCGGCAAAUACUUUUAUUCCAAGGCGAACUUGUCCGUUCACAUGAAGCUGCACACCAACGACAAACAGUUCAAAUGUCACCUCUGCGAACACGCCUUCGCCUCCCACGCUAUUUUGAAGAGGCACUCGAUCGUUCACACGGGUGAAAUGCCUCACAACUGUGAGGUCUGCGGUGCGACCUUCAUGGGAAAGAUCCAGUACGAUGUUCACAAGUUGAGUCACACCGGGGGUUGCGUGUACCAGUGCGACGAGUGCCAUAAGGUUUUCGUCGAUCUGGAGAGUAUGAACAGUCAUAAGGUUACUUAUCAUUGCGAUUUUUUUGGGCAGGGUGGCUAUUGA